AUAUAAAUAACCGGCUUUUUCUUUUUUUUCUUUUCCAUUCUACUAAUUCACAACUUUCCCUCUCAUUAUAUAUCAUGUCUACACAUUUAUCAAUUACAAACUCAAAAGGAAGACAAGUUAGCUUGUUAAACGAUGAAUCAAUCGAAGUUGACUUGACUCCAAAGCGCAGAUAUUAUUGUACAGAAACCGGCUGUCAAAAAAGUUUUACCACCAGUGGCCACUUGGCUAGGCAUCAUCGAAUCCAUACCGGUGAAAAAAACUUUCAUUGUAUAUAUCCCGGUUGCCCUUCUAAAUUCUCUCGUCAAGACAACAUGAUGCAACAUUAUCGCACACACAUGUCAUCAAGGUCUCGACACCAUCAUUACAUGCAUCACUACCAUUUCCAUCACCAACAACAACAGCAGCAAUUACAGAAUGCUUAUUAUCGUCCUCAAUAUAAUCAUGAACAAGAUAUAUACUCUUUACAGCAGCAACAACAGCGUAGAGCCUGGUCCUUUUCUUCUGCUAGUUCGUCUUCUACCUCUUCAUCUCAGCAUGCAUCGCCUCCUUCUUACCAUUUAAGUCCUCCUCCUCCUUAUAGUCCAAAGUACCUACAUCAUUUACCAGCACAAGAUUGGAUGCACUCAUCCAACAAAUACACGGCAUCUUCUUACUAUUACAAUGCGCCUGUAUAAAGCCAAUUCCAUUUCUCUUUUUUUUUUCUAUGAUUUAUAUGCCUAUUACCCACACCUUUUUUUUCCCGGUUUCUAUGUAGUUUUAUUUUACUCUCCCUUUUUUUUUUUUUUUUUUUUUUCUCCUUCUUCCCUCUUCUUGUAAAGCUCCCCCCUCUUAUGAAUAAUAAUAAUAAAUAAUAUUUCUUGGUACAUGUA